AUGAUGGUGAAGGAUGAUGUUGAUAAACCUUCAUCUUGUCCAUGGUGUUCACCUAUGGUGCUGGUAAAGAAGAACGAUGGCAGCAUGCAGUUUUGUGUUGACUACUUCUGUCUGACCGACGUUAUGAAGAAGGACAGCUAUCCCUUGCCAAGAAUUGAUGACACGCUGGACAUCCUUACAGGAGUAAUGUGGUUUAGCACACUGGACCUGAAAAGUGGCUACUGGCAGUUCGAGAUUGACCCUAAGGACAAGGAAAGGGUCUGUGAAAAUUUAAAGUUAUGCUGUUUGGAUUGUGCAAUGCUCCAGCAACGUUUGAAAGGUGGAUGGAACUUGUACUUACCGGCCUAA